GUAAAAACUCACAGUCAAUAAUAACUUCAGUGGUGAACCAGCUAAUCAAACUUGUCACAAAAACUACAAAUAGCUGAUAUAUGAGGGGUGAUAGCAGAUUAUGAAUCAAAACAUGGAUGUAGGAUAUGUUCAGCAUUCAAUGGAAGAUAUACAGAUUUUUAGGACCCAACCAAGACAGCCUAAUAAGUUAGAUGGAAUUUGCCAAACAGAUGGCAAUCUGUGUAAUUCGAAUCUUCCAUCUCAAAAUUUCUACCCAUACUCAGCUCAUUAUACACACAUGCGUAUGAAUUCCAGCAGUGACUUGGAAAUUUUUGAAGCAGUAAGAAUUCGAGAACUAGAAGAAGUCAAAGCCAGAGCUGCCCAAAUGGAGAAAACUAUGCGCUGGUGGUCAGACUGUACUGCUAAUUGGAGGGAGAAAUGGAGCAAAGUUAGAGCAGAAAGAAAUAAAGCCCGAGAAGAAGCCAGACAAUUGAGAAUAAAAUUGGACAGUGUUGUAAAAGAACUGAGUAUGCUUAAAAAGAUAAACCAGGAUUUAGUAACUGAGAAAGAAAGUUUAGAAAAUGUAACUACUUGGAAAACAGAAUAUUUCAGUUCCUCAGAAAUAUCUCAUAUAAAAAAAGACCUAAACCAAUUAAUAUUUUUGGAACAAGAACAUGUGGAAGAACUAAACAAAACCAACAGAAUUCCUUGGGCAGAAGACUCAAACAAGGAUGUGGAGUUAAUCAAACAGCCCCUAAGAAGCAGUCAGAAUAAAAAAAUGGCUCCAAAGCAUCUUGAUUCCUUUCCCAGUGGAUUUACCAGUAUUUAUUUUGAGGAACCUAAAAAAGGUCUGCACAACGCAGCUCAGACACCAGAGAAUGAUUUAAUGCGUGCUUCUGUUCUGCAUUUGCAUUUGGCUGAGUUACAGAAAAUCUUAACUAAAGAAAGAGAAAUGAAUGUAUUUCUGGAAAAAGAAGUGGAAAAGACAGAAAAUGAAUUAGCACUUUGGAAGUUGAAAUAUGAAGAACUAAAACAGUCUAAACUGGAAAGUCUGAACCAGAUGCCUGGAGAAUAUUUGUCAGAAAAUGCUGUUAUUAAAAAGCACCACAGAGGAUUUCUUGUUGAACCGACAUUUUCUGUUUCUGAUCUCACUCUGGAAAGAUGGCAGUUUGAGAAUACCUCUGAAUGGGGAAAGAGAGAGAGACCUGAUGCACAAAUGCAAAGUUUGGAAGAAGAGAGAAGAAGGUUGAAGUUGCAAGUGAAAGAAAUUCAGGAACUUCUGGAGAUGAAAAAUAAAGCAGUACCAAUUAAACUGACUUGUGAUCAUCAAAAUGAUCAUCAAAAUGCACAAAGUAAUCUGCCAGUUAAAAAUAAGAUUAAAGAGACAGAAGAAAAUGAGCUCAGAAUCUGGGACCAGGCAAAGUUCCUUGUAUGUUGUUGGAGAUUCCACCAAGACAGCGAAUGAAGACAUGAGACAUUACCUGCUGCAACAAGGCUAACAGGAAAUGAAGGGGCAAAAUACUUAAUGACUUCAUAAGACUUAUGGGAAAAUUAAAUAAUGGAAGUACAUGCAACAUACAUUGAAACACUACAUGCACUUUUUCUAUGUAUUUGACAUUUUCAGUAAGGACCGUAGAAAUGUGUCAUUGUUCACCAGCUUAGAAUAUUUUGCAGUUUGUUCUUCCUUCUCCUUUGUCUUAAUUGCCAUCUUCUAAAGCAAAAGAUGGAUUCUAACUGAUGUAGCCCAUAAUUUAAUUUUUGGGGAAAAAAAAGUACAAUUUACAUGGCAAAGGAGGGAGUUUCAUAGUUGAUUCUGUGAAGACAGUGAGUCUGGAAUGGAAGUCAGUGCUUUUUGCCUUGUCCCUUUCUUUUAUUUUGUUUUUUCACACAGCAAUGGGAAAUAACUAUUUCUCAGUUUCACUAGUUCUGCCAGAGUAACAUGUUGUAGUUAAAUCUAACAUUUCUCUCCCUACUAAUUUACUGCAAACUCCUAAAUCUGCUUCAUUGUUUUUGUAGUUGCUUUUUCUUUUUCUUUUUUUUUUUUAAUUGAAUUUGUUUAGGACCAUAGAAAAAAAGAAUUUAUUACUUCCAUAGUUAGUAUCUUUGCUGUGGAAAUUGGUGUGAAUACAGUGUGUCUCAUUUAAAUUUUGAUUAGAUUUAAGUGUCUAAGGAUUUAUAAAAUUUGUGAAUGAAAAACAUGAAAGGUUAACAAUUACAUAAGAAUCAUGUUUUGCCUAGGAAUUUGUGAGCUGCUGGAGUUAGAACAAUUUCAUGACAUCCCGUUGUGUAACAUAACGAAUGUAAUGAACAUAAUGAAAAUGUUAGUGUGGGCCAUAGCAGUUGAAUGUGCAUAAUUAUUGAUUUUUAAAUGCUGUAAUAGCCAAAUGUACUUCUAUGGUUGCACUGAAAUACCUGAAAAUAUACUAAUGUCUGAAAACAAUUUACUGAUGAAAGUUUUUAUCUAACUUCUACAGACAAACAGUUUUUGUUGUCUCUGACAAGCCAUUGGAAAUAACAGUCUUUUAGAGAUAAAACUCUAGGGUUUCAGCAAUUUAGAAAAAUUUCUUUAAGCCUACAGUACUAUCUAUGGCUAAAGCCAAGUCAAACAAUUCCAUGAGUUACUGAGGAAACUAAGAUUUUAUCUUUCCUUCUGUGUCUGUAAACAUGAAAGAAAAACAAAUAAUGCUUAAUUGAUACUGGAGAACAUCAUCAUAGUAACAACUUGCCCGACUAAUAAGGAUAUUGAUGGAAAUCAACAGCUAGUUAAAUAGCUAGGAGAUACUUUCUGCUGAUCUGACUUGCACUUCUGUAUAAACCUUUAGUACAUGUUUGUCCUUCACUUCACUGUAUUAUAAUACGCAGUUGGUGUGAUAUACCUGGCUAUUCCAGUGCUCAUGGUUGCAAUAAAUAGAUCACUGGACCUAUUCUAGAAUGUGUAUUUCAGAAUAAUUAUGCAGUAUGUUUUCUUUCUCAUGAAGAAACGCUUGGUAUCCCACGAUUCUUUGUAAUCACCCGAUUGACCAUAUUUUACUUUCAAGUGCUUUCUUUUUAAUAGUGGUGCUUUAGUUUUAUUGUAAGAGUGCAAUAAUCUGACAAAUCACUUUAGUUUUUUAUAAUUUCUCCCUGUUCCCUAUGCAAAUUCAGCUAAAUCUGCAUCUGUUAACUGCCUAACAUAUUUAUUUCAGCAACUACUUACACAGAGAACUUCAGAGGUCUCUGUGAAGAAGCAUACCUGUAAAUUAGUCACUUGAAAGAAACCCAAGAAAUAAUAAUACAUAAUUGCCUUCUCUGCAGUUAUGAAUGUCAGAGAAUGUUGAUUUAUGACCUUUUUGUCAUAACACUAGAAUAUCUCCUGAUCUUAAAUGUACAUCUAUGAUAUUUGCUCUGUAAUGAUAUUCCCAUCCAUUCACCUUCACAUUCCCCUGGUGAGCAGAGAAGACACAUAUUUGUGCAGAAGGAGGGACUGGCUCAAAGUCAGUAAGGAUAAAAUUUGAAAAAAAUUAUCAGGAAAAUUUAUUCUAGAUCUGUUUUCAAACCGUUGAGCCACCCUCAAUCUCUCAGAGGGAAUGAUUGGUGUCUAAAAUAGCGGAAUGCUUCUAG